AUGAAGAAGAAAAAGAUGAAUCCCAAAAAUGAGCUAAUAGAUGAGCAAAACAAAAUGAAGAAGAAAAAGAAAAAGAAGAAAAUAAAAAAAAUAAACGACCAAACGAAAAGAUUAAUCGAUUCAUUUUAUGCAAAAAAUGGACAAGUGAAUAAUGAGAGCACUAUUAUUGUGAAGAACCAAGUGGGAGAAGUAAAACCAAAGGUGGAAAAACAAACGGUAGUUAUAAAUGAUAUAGACACCUGGGAGGACCUAGAGGAAGGAGAAUUAUUUGAUAAAAUAAAAAGUUUGAAUGGUCUAAUCAGUUCAAGCCAAAUGUAUAGUAUAUGGAAGAGUGUGCAUACCCUCAUGAGGAAGAAAUAUUUUUAUAGGGAAGAAAAUUUGUGGACUUUUUGCGAAAAAAUUGCCAAGUCUUGCCAUGUCCCGAAAGAGACUAAGGUGAACAUAUGGUAUAAGGUUUACUAUAACAUGAAGGAAGAAACGAUAAAAACGGAGAAGGAUGAGUUUAACAAAAUUUACCCUUUUGUGGAUGAUGGGCCGUGUGAACAUGACGUUUUUAUUAAAUUUUUAUUUGAUGAAUUGGAUAAUUGGAAGAAAAAAAUGAAGAACAUCGAAAUCAAGUGGAGGCAUUUGCUCUUCCUAAAUUUGAAGUUCUCCAGGAGGCGAAACAUGAUUCUCCUCAACAGCUUAUGA